AUGACGCCUGUCUUCCUGGCGGAAUGCUUAAUGCUUGCAUUUGCUAAAGCGAUCAUCAGCGUGGCUGGGGGCCAUCGGCAACAAACAAAAAAUACCAAUGUAUCUCUUGGUAUCUUCGUGUACAGCGGCAUUGGUCAAAAUACCAAUGUGUCUCUUGGUAUCUUCGUGUACAGCGGCUUUGGACAAAAUACCAAUGUGUCUCUUGGUAUCUUCGUGUACAGCGGCAUUGGUCAAAAUACCAAUGUGUCUCUUGGUAUCUUCGUGUACAACGGCAUUGGACAAAAUACCAAUGUAUCUCUUGGUAUCUUCGUCGGCAUUGGACAAAAUACCAUUGUGUCUCUUGGUAUCUUCGUGUACAGCGGCAUUGGACAAAAUACCAAUGUCUCUCUUGGUAUCUUCGUGUACAGCGGCAACGGACUAAAUACCAAUGUCACUCUUGGUAUCUUCGUGUACAGCGGCAUUCGACAAAAUACCAAUGUCUCUCUUGGUAUCUUCGUGUACAGCGGCAACGAACAAAAUACCAAUGGCUCUCUUGGUAUCUUCGUGUACAGCGGCAACGGACUAAAUACCAAUGGCUCUCUUGGUAUCUUCGUGUACAGCGGCAUUGGACAAAAUACCAUUGUGUCUCUUGGUAUCUUCGUGUACAGCGGAAUUGGACAAAAUACCAAUGUCUCUCUUGGUAUCCUCGUGUACAGCGGCAACGAACAAAAUACCAAUGUCUCUCUUGGUAUCUUCGUGUACAGCGGCAACGGACUAAAUACCAAUGUCACUCUUGGUAUCUUCGUGUACAGCGGCAUUCGACAAAAUACCAAUGUCUCUCUUGGUAUCUUCGUGUACAGCGGCAACGAACAAAAUACCAAUGGCUCUCUUGGUAUCUUCGUGUACAGCGGCAACGGACUAAAUACCAAUGGCUCUCUUGGUAUCUUCGUGUACAGCGGCAUUGGACAAAAUACCAUUGUGUCUCUUGGUAUCUUCGUGUACAGCGGAAUUGGACAAAAUACCAAUGUCUCUCUUGGUAUCCUCGUGUACAGCGGCAACGAACAAAAUACCAAUGGCUCUCUUGGUAUCUUCGUGUACAGCGGCAUUGGACAAAAUACCAAUGUCUCUCUUGGUAUCUUCGUGUACAGCGGCAACGAACAAAAUACCAAUGGCUCUCUUGGUAUCUUCGUGUACAGCGGCAUUGGACAAAAUACCAUUGUGUCUCUUGGUAUCUUCGUGUACAGCGGCAUUGGACAAAAUACCAAUGAACCGUAA